AUGGCGAACCAAGACGCAAUCCUAAACUCUACCGCUACCAGCACGAUGAAGAUAAUGCUAAAAUCCGCUGACGACAAGCUAUUCAUGGUGAAGGAAGCCAUAGCGAUGGAGUUCGGCGUACUGAAGUUCUUCCUCGAAGACAGCACCGAUUUGGAGAGCACCGUGAUCCCUCUGCUAAACGUGUCCGGCUCCGUUCUUGGCCGUGUCAUCCACUACUGCGAGAAAAGCCUGAUUCUCCACUUGAUACUCCCUCCGUCGACCCUGCUUCAUUUAUUUGAACGAGUAGCGGAGUUGAUUUUGGAUGACGAGAACGACAAGAGCAUCGUUGAGCUGGUUAAGGCAGCCGAUUACUUGGACAUCAAGGUACUGCUGACAUUCUUGAUGCCGAGUUUCAAGAGGAGGUUUGAACUUGGAGACGAUAAGGGCGUAGAAUAUGUUUAUACGGAGGAUGUAGAGGCACGGCUUCUCUAG